AUGGAAGCUAUGUGGAAGAUUGCAGUGAUUGGGACAGGAGGAGUGGGUGGCUACUUCGGCGGGCGUCUGGCACAGCUGCAGGAUGAGUGCCAGGUGCAUUUCGUGGUCCGUGGUGAGACGCUGCAGGUCCUCAAGCGUGACGGGCUCCGCGUGGACAGUCUCGUGGGAGAUUUCCACAUACCCCCGGACCGAUGCAACGCCACAGAUGACUUGGCUUCGGUGGGGCCGGUGGACCUUGUCAUCACGGCAGUGAAGCUACCGCUGCAAAACGGAGUCGAGGCCGCGGACAUCCUAGCCCGAGCAGUUGACAAGAAGCAUGUGGUAGGUGGAUUCUGCAAGAUCAUCAGCUACAUUGUCAAGCACGGUCACAUCCGCCACGACGCCGCCGACCCAACCGUCGCGUUUGGCGAAGUGUGGGCUUCGGAGACAGCUCCAGGCACGCUUAACAGCAUCAGUGACCGCAUCACGAAGCUCAAGGACCUAUUCGAGAAGGCCCAAGGUGUCAAGGUGGAACUCUUCGAUGACAUCCGCGUCGGCCUCUGGCACAAGUUCAUGCUCAUCUGCGCGGUGAGCGGCCUCGGAGCCAUCACCAGAGCGCCUCUUGGCGUCUUUCUCGGGGUGGAGGAAACGCGAGACCUGUUCAGGCAGGUCCUGUUCGAGGUGGCCAAGCUGGCCCAAGCCCAGGGCAUCGAGCUCACCGACGAGGCCGCCGAAAAGCUCUACACCUACUUCCUGGGACGCGCCGAAAGCGAGCGCAACGCCACGUCAUCAAUGCAGCGGGACAUCAUGCGCGGCCUGCCAUCUGAGCUCGAGUGGCAAGUGGGCGCGGUGGUGCGAAAGGCCAAGGCCUUGGGCGUGCCAGCGCCCGCGUGCUCGCUCAUCUACGCGGCGCUGCUGCCGCAGGAGCUGAAGGCCCGAGGCAAGCUGGCCUUCUCGAUCGAGUGA